GUCAAGUGCCAUCAAAAUGACAUGACGGCUGAGGGUGUAGUUCGGCAAAUUUGUUUAAACAAAUAUAUGUAGAAAUUAUAAAAUACCUGUGUUCCUAGUAUGAAUAUAGAAUUUUGUUACUAAUAGAAGAUUUUAGAAGCAAACAUUAAAAAUGGCUAAUUAUUAUAGAAGCAUUAUGGACACCGUUUGGAGCGAGCACAUUUGGUUACCCCCGAAUACCACUUGGAAGGAUUUAGAUCCUGAUACACAUUCGAAUAUUCGCCAUGCGGAUUAUCGACAUCUAUUCUUCCCCUUGCCGAUGUCAAUAUUUAUGUUACUUUUGCGGUACCUUUUAGAAAAGUAUUGGUUUGCCCCAGUCGGUAUCUCAUUAGGUAUUAAGAAUUGUAGACCAAAGAAAGCUCCGGAUAAUUCUGUUCUCGAAAACGCAUUCACAUUGUCGAAGCGAUGGAAACACAAGCAGAUCCAGGGACUGGCAAAACAGCUAGAUAUCAGCGAGAGACAAGUGGAAAGAUGGCUGAGACUUCGCAAAGGACAAAACAAGCCUUCGACUUUAAUAAAAUUCAGCGAAAAUUCCUGGCGCUGUCUCUACUACAUGUUCAGUUUCACUUAUGGUAUCAUGAUUUUAUGGGACAAACCUUGGCUGUGGGAUAUCAACGAAUGUUGGACUGGUUUUCCUCACCAGAACGUGACCAACGACAUUUGGUGGUAUUACAUGGUGUCGAUGACAUUCUAUUGGUCGUUGUGCAUUAGCCAAUUUUUCGACGUGAAGCGCAAGGACUUUUGGCAGAUGUUCAUCCAUCACAUAGCUACGAUUGUACUGAUGUGUCUGUCGUGGAUCGUGAACGUUUUUCGCGUCGGUACGCUCGUCCUGUUGGUUCACGAUUGCGCCGAUAUAUUCCUCGAGGCCGCUAAAAUGGCGAAGUAUUCGGGUUAUCAGAAAGUUUGCGAUGCCAUAUUCGCAUUGUUUACGGUGCUUUGGAUCGUCACUAGAUUGGGAAUUUUUCCGUUUUGGAUCAUCAGAAAUACAUCCAUCGAUGCUCCUAAAAUCGUUCCCAUGUUUCCUGCCUACUACAUUUUCAACGGUUUGCUGAUAUUGCUGUUGGUAUUACAUUGCUUUUGGACCUAUUUAAUAUUGAAAAUCGUUCAUAAUUCGUUGAAUGCCGGCCAAAUGGAGGGCGACAUCCGUUCGAGUACCGACGAUUACAGUCAAGAUUCCAAAUCCGAAUAGGAGACGGUGAGACGGGGUUGUCUAGCCAGUGAAUUGUUAGAUUAAGUUCAAAAAUUUAACGUAAGGCGUUUCUGAAGUAUUCCUAAAUAAGCCAUCCAUUGAUUACUAUAUUUUCUUCAAUUUACAUCUUUUUUUUUUUGAAUUUGUACUUAAUAUUUUAAAUUUGGAAAUUAUGAAUUGCAAGGCAGGAUUGAAUUACUUUAAAGACACAAAAAACCGUUUCGUUAUGUAAUACUCGCAUUUCAGAAACCGCCUUAUCGUUACGUGUAGGCGUAAUUUUUAAUUUCUUCCUUUUCUAUGUAUAUUUUUGUAGUUUUCGUUUUGAUGUAUACAAAAAAACUACGAGAUUUUUGAUCUUGUUCCACUUCCAAAGAUUUAAUUAUUUUAAUGUUUGCACUUUUGCACAUUUUGCGUUAAUUUUUUUGGGUUGUAGGCCCGUUGUGUUUAUACGAAUUCUCGACAUACACACAUUCCUUUUUUUAUGCAGGUACCCCCAUCACAUCACACUAUACACUUGGGUAAAUUUCCGUUUACAAUAUAAAUGUGAACAGUUUAAAUUUCUGUCUGAAGCAAUCGUACUGAUAUUUUUUUAAAUAUUUAGUUUCCAUGUUGGAAAUUUAUUUCGGAAAUGUUAGGUAAAUUUGAUUAACAAACGUGACGACAAAAUACUACCUAAUGCGAUUUAUGUAAAAGAUUAUGUUCUUUUACUUGAAUUUGAUUUAGAAAUAUUUAUCCUUUUUUGCUUUAUUCAUAAGCGUGUUUUUGCACCAAUCAUUUUGAUAAAACAAAUCUAGAUGGGAUAAUUUUUCUUGUUUCAUUAAUUUAUAAUCUUUGUAAAUUUAUACUUCAUCGCAUGUAAUAAUUUUAACGUUGAAUUUAGACCGGUCUAAGUAAAAUCUUAUAUUACAUGCAUACCUAUUUUAAAGCCAAGUGGUGUACACUGCUCAAUAUUGAGGAAAGAGUUAUACGCCAUUUUAAGGAAUAAGUUGGUGGCGCCUUUGUUGUAUUAAAAAAUAUAUAUAAAAAUGUUUCGAAUUUCAAUGUUUCAUGUCAUACUAAAAAAUACGGGAAAUUUUAAUGUUUGCUUUUUGUAUGUACCUAAUAAAAGUCCGUUUUAUA